AUGGAAGACAUGUACCUGUGGGAUGAAGAUUUGAUGGAGGCUCUUCAUCAAUCCAAUAUCGAUCAUUUUGCCACUAAUAAAUCAUCAAGCAACUCCUCCAAGCACAACAAGAACAGCACAGAUUGUAUUGAAUUCUCCAAAUUAGAGUUUGGUAAUUUCGAUGAUCGAGAAAUGACCACCUUCCGAAGGGUAACCACUCGACACUCCUUUCAUGAUGUUCAUUCGACAAGUUUCAAGGUAUAUUGGAAGGAAGGUGGUGAUUUUUCAGUCUUCUUUCUGAUUAAACCUCAUCAUCAGUUUUGGAUUGAAAUCAAUAGAAACAUUAUACGGAAGGUAAUCAUUGUUGAUAAUGAAAGUAUUGCCAUUGUACUGGAUCAGGCUCCAAGUGUUCACAGAAAACGUGAUGGUGAUGAUAACAAGACAAGAAUGGCUGCUCCAACUGAUAAAACUACUCAGGCACAUAGUUUCUGGUUGCACAAUUUCAAUGUGACAAAAUCUCUGCUCCUCUCUGGUAUUCGAUAUGAGCAUGUGGAAAUUCUCAAAAGUAAGACUUCAAAGACACACUAUUUAUAUGGAACAAAAUCAUGUACAGCUCUAACAAUGAAGGAUGUGAAUGGUAUGGAUUGGAAGGGCCAAUUGAAUAUUGAGCUUGGUAUUCCAUUUCAUACCAUGUAUUUAUUAUUGUGCUUGAAUUGUAAAGUUCCUGGCUUACUUGCUAGUUAUGAAAGAUUAUCAGAGAUUAAGCAACUCUUUAAUGAAUUGAAAGAUAGUAACAACAACUCAUAUGACUUGGUGAAUGUUGCUCUGGAAAAGUGUUUACAACACGAAGGGUUCUUUCCUUCAGAGUUUACUACUCUCUUCAAAAAACAUUCUCACAAACGCCAACACAAAAGCUUUGUAAAGGUUGAUGACAAUAUGUUUGAAAUCAGAAAGGUAAUGAUCACACCAACAGGAAUCAAGUAUUUCCCAAAAAUCCUCGAAUCUGGAAAUCGAGUCUUGAGAAAAUACAAGCAAUACGAAGAUAGAUUUCUCAGAGUGACAUUUUGUGAUGAGGGUCUUAAUAGAGUUAGCGCUGAAAAGGUCACAAACAUGCACCCUCGAUUGGAGGAAUUCCUUAAUAAUGGUUUUACUAUUGGAAAUAGACAUUAUGAGAUGUUGGCCUAUUCGAAUAGCCAACUCAGAAGUCAUAGCUGUUGGUUUUUGAAUACGGAAGGAAUUCGUGAACUGUCAGUGAGUUCUAUCAUUGAAGGUCUUGGUGACUUUUCUGAUAUUAAAGUAAUGGCCAAAUAUGCUGCAAGAAUUGGUCAAUGCUUUUCCAAUACUUUCAAUGGUAUCAAAUCAGAAUUUAUAGAAGUAAAUGAUAUUGUCUAUCGAGAAAUUGAAAGAAAUGGGGACAUUAAGGAAAACGUUCUCAAUGACGGAUGUGGCCGAAUGUCUGUAAGUUUUGCAGAACAGGUUAGCAAGCAAAUGAAAAUUAGAAUUCAUGGCAAAGCCUACAUUCCAUCAGCUUUACAAUUCAGAUUGGGUGGCUAUAAAGGGGUAGUAGUACAAGAUAAGGAUGUUGCUGAUAUAUUUGGAAAGGAUCUGGUUCUCACUAAGAGUCAAAACAAGUUCAAGGACGAAAAGAGUGAUGAAUUUGAGAUGGUAGCCUUCUCGAAACGUCCAAAGUUUUCCAGUCUCAAUAGACAAAUUAUUAUUCUACUUUCCUCCAAUGGCUUGCCUGACAGUGCCUUGAUGAAAUUUGUAGAUAGAGAGAUAGAGACUUGGAGGUCAAGAACAACAAAAAAACUGAGUAUUAGAAAGUUACUGAGAAAGGUGUGGGAAAAUGUGGUUGGUUCGAAUAUCAAAAAGGUCAUUUCAUCAGAGUAUUUAGAUCUCAAAGCUCAGGUCCUUGCAAGUCAGGUCAAAGGAAUGUCACAACAACAUGUUGAAUACUUUUACAAUGUUGAUCCAUUACUCUGUACUCUAUGCGAUAAGAUUUUGAUUAACCAAUUCUCCAGCUUGAAAACAAAUCUUCCAGUUGAUAAGUGUUCACUAUUGAUGGGUGUUGUUGAUUUUUAUGGAGUGCUAGAAGAUGACGAGGUUUUUGUACAACUUUCUUCAUUUGAGAGCUAUGAAAGAGAUUUAUAUGAUCCUGGCUCGUAUGCUGAAGGUGGAAUAGUGAGUGGAAAUGUAUUUGUUACAAGGAAUCCUUGUCUUCACCCAGGAGAUGUUAGAAAGUUUAAAGCUGUCAGUGAUGACAGAAUUAAUGUUCUCAAACAUUUGAAAGAUGUUAUUGUAUUCAGUCAAAAAUCAAAACAAUCCCAGGCUAGCAAGAUGAGUGGAGGCGACUUGGAUGGGGACCUUUUCAUGGUGUGUUGGGAUCCAGAGCUUUUAAAUUUCACAGAACAUAAACCAAUGAAACACACUCAACUGAAACCUUUGGAAAAGAAUGAUGGUUUUGAUUAUAAGGCAAUCAGAGAUUUUCUUAAGGAGUAUGUUGUGAAUGACAAUUUGGGAGUAGUUGCUUUUAUGCAUAUGGAACACUAUGAUCAAUCUUCAAAGGGAGCACUCGAUCAAAACUGUUUGGAUCUUGCUGAUUAUCACUCUCACCAAGUUGAUUAUGCCAAGACUGGUGUUAGAAAGGCCUUACCAAUGGAGCUGGUAUCAGAGUAUAGACCUCACUAUAUGCCAAAAAGUUUCAUGAAGAAGACUUAUCAUUCAACCAAAAUUAUAGGAAAGAGUAAGUUAUUGAGAAUUUGA